GCUGGUUACUGGGGGGGUUGAUCUAGGGAAUUAUGAGGGGCUGUUAAUAUGUCAUUUACUUGCUAAUAUUUAACAUUUUAUGUAUUGUUAAGCCAUGGCUGUUGACGGCUGGUGGUGCUAUAUUUCUGUCAUGUCGGUACUGUUGGCCCCUUCGUUUUGGUCGUGCCUGGUAGUUUCUGGUGAAAAGGUAGCCCGGAUAGAGGUUUUCCGGAGGGAGAGACAGGGCGUCAGCAGCGUUCUGCAAGGAGAAGUUGUCGAGGGAAGCUGGGAUACAAAAUCUCAAGAAGACCGUGACGAUAAGGACAAUGAACUUCAUCACGGUGCUGUCGAAGGCAGCCUGCGAUUGGUGCAGGAUGACGAACUUGACCUCCAGGUGAAAUCCGAGGACAAUGAGCCAUGGAUAGGAGUGGUCCCUGUUAAGAUGGAGGAGAGUGAACUUCCAAAUGGGAACCAGGAAUCCUUUGCAGCUGCAGUUGUGAACAAGAUGAAACGGGCCCUUGUGCUGGGAGCCUCUGCCCUAAUUAUCCUGGCCCUCAACCAGAACACUGUCAGAGAGAUGGACCUCUCCCAAGUACUCUCCAAACCAGUCAUAGUGAUCCAGACAUCAGAAAAUGUCACCAAACUUAUCGGAGCAUUACUCAGGGGUCUUCAUGCAACAGCAAGAAUCACAUACAAGACCAUCCUACAGGACAAUCUGGGGGCCACCCUGACCCUGUGGUCCAGCUGCGGACGGUCGAGAGGGGGGCUGUAUGGGGAGUGGCAGGGGGUCAUCUGCACCGGAGAGACUAACUCCCAGGUUCAGAAGUACCUCCAGCAGCUGUGGAAUACAGUGCUUCUGGUGGCUUUGAUCCUGUGCACUGGAGUUAUAGUUCAAGCACGCUGGCAAUAUCGGGACCGCCAACUCAAUGAUGACAUAGAGUUACUUCCAAAACAAGACAUCUUGAAACGACUGGCUGCCCUGAAAACCAGAAAGUAUCAGUCACCCAAGGCAUGUAGUGACCCAGGACUGGCAGGGGAGGCGGAUAACUGUGCCGUUUGCCUGGAGCAGUUCUACAAUAAUCAGUGUCUGCGAGUCUUGCCCUGUCUACAUGAGUUCCACAGAGACUGUGUCGAUCCCUGGCUGCUCCUCCAGCAGACCUGUCCUCUAUGUAAACGGAGCAUACUGGCUAACCUCUGUAAAGACAGCUAAUGGCAGUCCCUGGACCCUAACUGGAAGCAGACUGGGAUCGACCUUUGUCCUUUCUCCGGUGACACUUUUACUACGGCAUUUCAGACCUCACUGAUUUCUUUGUACUGUAGGGUGAGGGUCUCAAGGUGACAGACCCUCUCCUGGGUUGGUGUGUAUUCCGUGGAACCCCUGGCCUUGUGAAGACAUGCAAACCUUGGGAAGACCCACUGCAAGUGCUGUGACUGUAGUUUCUAGUUCAGUCGGAUCAGAUACAUUACUUGCAUUCUUUUACAGUCGUGUCCUCUUUGGCAUGUGACGUUUUAUGUACUGUAUGAAAGUAUGAGCAUAGAAACCAUUGUCCUAUCUGAGUAACUGUACCUCCCACCGUGGAGCAAAGGGAGAGGGCACAUUCUUAAGGUCUUUUGAUGUGCUGUGCUAAUCUGUUCUGGAAUUCCAUGUGCAUUCCCUGCGAAAAGGCCACAUGGAGCCAAUUGCUUUUAAUCCAUGUAUUCUAAAUAUUAAUUUGUUUUUAUAUGUUAGUGUAGGCAUGGUUAUUUAAUGCUUUAUGGAAUUAAGCAUGGCUUAACAGGUAUAUCUUCAAGGGCUUAUUUGGGCAAAUAUCAAACAUAACCCCCUGACUGAUUUAACAGUGCCUGUAUCUCUCAUAGAAUUUCUUCUCAGAAAGCAUUUUAACAGAAACUGAGAUCCUAGACAGCAAAACAUAACAGAAUUAGUUAUGUUAAAACAAUGUGCAAUCAGGACUAGAUUUCAACAGAGCAUUCCUAAGAAUUCCAAGUAAAUUUUCUUAGUCUUGCUGUUGUUAGCACUAUUUUAAAUAAGCCCUUCAAAACUGAAAAAUGGCUGCUCUUUGAUUAUAAAACUACAUUAAAAGGAAGACCUGCUGAUGCAUUUUUUUCCAGCAAAAAGGUGUCAUGUUUCACUUUAAAACUGGAAACUGAAGUAACACCCAACACACAGCCAGGAGGUAAUGUUUGCUUAGUUGCCUGAAAUGGCUGCUUGAAAAGCUCUUGAACAGACAGACUUCCUAGCAGCUUUAUGCCUUAAUUGCUGCCAGGGAAAUUGCUCUGAGAAAGUCAUGGUACAAAAAUGCUUCAUGGGCCAUGCAUUCUGCUGGAGUGGCAUAGUGCAAGAAUUGUUUUAUCACCGUUUUAUUUUCGUUGAACAGGCUCACAAAAUGGCCACUACUUCUAGUAGCUGCACAGAGGCCACUUGAGAAGGCCAACCAAUUAUUAAGUGUUAGGAGGUGGUUGCAGCAAUCAGCUAAGAAAGGGAAGGUCACAGGCCCAGUUCUACUAGAAAUUAAACCACUCUUGCUCCUGGUCUCCACUUUUCAGGGGCAGCACA